AUGAAUCCGGUAAGCAAUGCCGCUUUCAUAGCCAAAACCACCUCGGCCAACCACGAAGAAUUCUUCACUAAGCGAUGUGUGUCGGUGAAUGGGCGGGUGGUAGUUGGUGCUGGCCCUUCAGGGUUAGCAGUGGUUGCAGGGCUUAAGGAACAAGGCGUCCCCUUUAUCGUGCUUGAGCGAGCCAACUGCAUUGCCUCGCUAUGGCAAACACGUGCCUAUUAUAACGGCCUUAAGCUUCACCUUCCUAAGCAAUUCUGUCAGCUUCCUAACUUCCCUUUCCCUGAUGACUACCCUGAAUACCCUUCAAAAGACCAGUUCAUAAACUACCUUGAGUCUUACGCUACGAAAUUCAACAUACAACCUCAGUUCAAUGAGUCAGUGCAGUCUGCUAAGUAUGAUGAAACAUGUGGUCUUUGGAGAAUUAAGACUGCUUUGGGUGUUAAUAACUGCACCAACAAGCGUGAUGUUGAGUAUAUAUGCCGGUGGAUUGUGGUUGCCACCGGCGAAAAUGUGGAGGUGGUGAUGCCCAAGUUUUUUGGGUUCCAUGAAUUUGGUGGUGAUAUUAUCCAUGCAUGUGAGUACAAAUCUGGUGAGCAAUACCGCGACAAAAAAGUUAUGGUUGUAGGGUGUGGAAAUUCGGGCAUGGAAGUCUCUCUUUACCUUUGUGACCAUGAUGUUCAACCCUUACUUUGUGUUCGUAGCUCGGUAAGAACAUAA